GCUGUGUGCUGUGAGGGGAGUUCAGGGGCGCUCUGAACCCGCGAUAUGGAUGCAUUGACCUAUGAUGAUGUGCAUAUAUACUUCACUCGGGAGGAGUGGUCCUUGCUGAAUCCAUCUCAGAGGAAUCUUUACAAAGAUGUGAUGCUGGACACAUACAGGAACCUCAUGGUUAUAGGCUACUAUUGGGAAGGCCAUCAUAUUGAAGAACAUUGUCAAAGUAAUAGAAGAUACAGAAGACAUGAAAGAAGUACUGCUGGAGAGAAACCUUUUGAAUAUACACAAUGUGAUAAAGCCUUUUCACAUUGUGGUCAUCUUCAAAAGCAUGAAAGAAUUCAAACUCGAGAGAAACCCUCUGAAGGCUUUCAACAUAGUAAAGCCCUUGCAUGUCAUAGUAGUCUCCAAAUACAUAAAAGAACAGAUACUGGAGAGAAACCCUACAAAUGUAAUCAAUGUGAUAAAGCCUUUUUAAAACCCAAGUAUCUUCAACUACAUGAGAGAACGCAUACUGGAGAGAAACCCUAUAAAUGUGAUCAAUGUGAUAAAGCCUUUGCACAACACUCUACUUUGCGUUUGCAUAAAAGAAAACAUACUGGAGAGAAACCUUAUGAAUGUAAUCAAUGUGGUAAAGCCUUUACACAACGCAGAUAUCUUCAAAUACAUACAGUGACACAUACUGGAGAGAAACCCUACAAAUGUAAUCAGUGUGAUAAAGCCUAUUCACAACUAUGUCAUCUCCGAAUACAUAAAAGAACACAUAGUGGAGAGAAACCUUAUAAAUGUAGUCAUCAGUGUGGUAAAGCCUUUGCACAACCCUCUACUUUGCGUUUGCAUAAAAGAACACAUACCGGAGAGAAACCCUAUGAAUGUAAGCAGUGUGGUAAAGCCUUUGCACAAAGCAGUCACCUUCAAAUACAUAAAGUAAUACAUACUGGAGAGAAACUCUACAAAUGUAAUCAGUGUGAUAAAGCUUUUUCACAACAGAGUCAUCUCCAAGUACAUAAAAGAACACAUACUGGAGAAAAACCUUACAAAUGUAAUCAAUGUGAUAAAGCCUAUUCACAACGCAAUGUAUUUUCCAAUACCAUAGAAAGAAUCAUCACAAAGAAACCCUAUGAAUGUAAUCACUGUGGUGAAGCCUUUGAAAAUCACAUAGCCUUCAGAAACAUAGAAGGAAUGAUCUGUGAGAGGAACUCUAUGAAGGUCUUUCACAUUGUAAGAAAAGAAUGCAUACUAGACAGAAACCCUAUGAAUAAUCAAUGUGGUAAAGACAUGAAACCAUUCAUACUGGAGAUAAACACUGUGAAGGUAUUCCAUAUACUGAAGUCUUUGCCUGUCACAGUAGUCUCCAAAUACACAAAAAAUAAUGCUGGAGAGAAACCCUACAAAUAUAAUUGA